AUGGAAACGGUUUCAAAGAUAUCGUCACUCUUAUCAUUAUCCAAACCUAAACUCAUUCACCACACCAAUUCCUUUCUCUUCCCCGCUUCAAAUCUCAAAACCCACAGCAGCAGCAACGUCGCUACCAGACUCACAAAGAAGAAGACAGAAGCAGCACUUGCCAAGGAAAAGAGACGAACUCAUUCUGAUGAUUGCACUCUUGAGGCCGCUGGCCACUCCACUAAUGUUAGUAUCAAAUCCAUCAAUUUCUCCAAUUUCGUUGCAAGUUACUGCUUUCUAUUCGUAUGUAUAGUCGCAACUAAUCAUAAACUCAAAGUAGCGAACUUAGCGAAUCUAAUUUCAUAUGUAUUGAAUGAAUGA